CUGCGCGUCGCCUGCUCUUCGGAACGUGAUCAGGACGUCGCGUUCUCUGUGAGCCUAUCACGAAGCAGCGUCCUUGUAGCACCGGCCAAUCAGCUUUCGGAGUAGAGGGUUUAACUCUUAUUUAAAACGAGGAACCUUUGAAUCGUAACGGCUGAGCUUUUGCUAAGACUCCGUUUCCUGGGCUUGAAGGCAGAACCGGCGGGUUGGCAUCAUGGACCGAUCUAAAGAAAACUGCAUUUCAGGGCCUGUGAAGGCCACCCCCGCCCUGGGGGACGGUCCGAAGCGCGUCCUGGUGCCUCCGCAGCCUCCUUCUCAGAAUCCAGCAUCGGGAAGCGGCGGCCAGGCUCAGCGGGUCUUGUGUCCUUCAAAUUCCUCCCAUCGGGCUCCUUCACAAGCCCAAAAGCUGCUCUGCAGUCAGAAACCACUACAGAAGCAGCUGCAGGCGGCCAGCGGGGGCCGCCCUGUCGCACGGCCAGCGAGUCACACCCAGAAGAGUGAGCAGCCCCCGGCACCGGCACCCGGAGUUAAUCCUGAGAAGGAAGUGGAAUCAAAACCGAAAAAUGAAGACUCAAAAAAGAGACAGUGGACUCUGGAAGAUUUUGACAUUGGUCGCCCAUUGGGUAAAGGAAAGUUUGGCAAUGUUUAUUUGGCAAGAGAAAAACAAAGCAAGUUUAUCCUGGCUCUGAAAGUGUUGUUUAAAGCUCAGCUGGAGAAAGCAGGAGUGGAGCAUCAGCUCAGAAGAGAAGUAGAGAUACAGUCCCACCUUCGGCACCCUAACAUUCUCCGGCUGUAUGGUUAUUUCCAUGACGCCACGAGAGUCUAUCUAAUUCUGGAAUAUGCACCCCUUGGAACAGUCUACAGAGAACUGCAGAGACUUUCCACGUUUGAUGAGCGGAGAACUGCUACUUACAUCACGGAAUUGGCCAAUGCCCUGUCUUACUGUCAUUCCAAGAGAGUUAUUCAUAGAGACAUUAAACCAGAGAACCUGCUGCUGGGAUCGACUGGAGAGCUGAAGAUUGCAGAUUUUGGGUGGUCAGUUCAUGCUCCGUCCUCCAGGAGAACCACUCUGUGUGGAACCCUGGACUACCUGCCCCCGGAGAUGAUUGAAGGCCGCAUGCACGAUGAGAAGGUGGAUCUGUGGAGCCUCGGAGUCCUCUGCUAUGAGUUUCUAGUCGGGAAGCCCCCCUUUGAGGCACACACUCACCAGGAGACCUACAAGAGGAUAUCUCGGGUUGAAUUCACAUUCCCUGACUUUGUGACAGAGGGAGCCCGGGACUUUAUUUCAAGGCUGCUAAAGCAUAACCCAAGCCAGAGGCCGACUCUUAGUGAAGUCCUUGAACACCCGUGGAUCUCAGCAAAUUCGACCAAGCCAUCAAGUUGCCAGAAAAGCAAAGAGUCAACUAGCAAAUCAUCUUAAUCGUGUGGGGGCAGAAAUCCUUGAGCCAGGGCUGCUGUGUAACCUUCGGGAACGUGCGCCCAGACUUGCGUUACUGUUGACUGCCCACCUUCGGUUCACAGCGCCACAGGAAGCGUCACUUUCUCUCCCCAGCCUGCAGUGCCUUGGCCUCCCUGUUCACGAAGCUCCCCUGCAGGAGACGUGACACUCUGUGAAGGCGCCUCGAGAAUCAUGCUGCUUUUACCAGGUUCCUAAUCCAGAGGCCACGUCCACAGCCUGUGCCGGCAGGGUGUCCUGUGUGAGAACUCGGAGUCUGGUUCCGGGGAAAGUGACUGCUUUCCUCUGAGUCAGUCAGCUAACGCGCUGCACAGUAACCGUCGAGUACCCGAGUGUGUGUGUAACUUAUUGGGUGGUCAAACCUGGGAAAGGUUGAAACGAAUAUGUGAUUCUUUAAAUAUGAAAGGUUUCUGUAUAGUAUUUUCUUUCCGUGCAUCCCUCAGGGAUGCCCUCAGUUGAUCGCCCCUGUUAAGCCUGUCUGGGCUUCUGGCCCUCCUUAACCACUAUGAAACAGGAACACAUGCUCUACCUCUGUCUCAGGGAUCGCUUGGGAUACGCAAGCAGCUCCCGAGACCAGACGUCUCAGAACUUUUCCUAAAUGUUAAGGGCUCUUGUGAUUGCGUUGGAGUUAUGGCAUGUGUGCAGACUUGUUAAAUGCAUAAAUAAAUAUA